AUGGCUCCUCAAUCAUACACCAUCUCGAGCCUGGCAUACCUGAAAGUCUUAUUGCACGCCACUAAAUACCCGACAAAUCCAGUGAACGGAGUCCUGCUCACGACGUCGCCGUCUGGCGCAGCGGACAUCGAAGUGAGCGACGCGGUGCCGUUGCUGCACCAUUGGACAAGCCUGAGCCCUAUGAUGGAGAUCGGCCUGGACUUGGCAGGCGGUUUUGCUGAGGAUAAUGGCUUGCGGAUAAUAGGAUAUUACGAGGCGUCAGACCGCGCCGACGAGAAAACGCUCGGCCCAAUUGGCGACCGUAUAGUCUCGAAGAUAAAAGCUACUAGUCCGGACGCUAUAGCGCUUGUACUGGAUGCAGCAGGGCUUUCGAUGGGCGAAGCGGGGCUCAUUCCAUACAUUGCUUCACCCUCCCUGAAGAUUAUUCCAAAUUCAUUUACCUCACGUCCGCCCUCUACCCGCUCCACCGACUCUAAGCAAGUCUCCACGUUCCAUCUCGCCGCGGUGGAUCUGCCGAGAAAGGCAUUGGGUGCGAUCAAGGAGCAGAGCCUGCAGAAUGAGCUGGGAGAUUUUGACGAUCAUCUAGAGGAUGUGCGGAUAGAUUGGCUCAAGAAUCCGAAAGUGACUGCAGCAGUGGAAAAGUUAUAG